CUAAAAUCGCGCCCUCCUCCUUUUCAUCCCCUUGUCAUGGAUCUUCAGCCCUCUCAUCAUCUUCCUAAAACACAACAUUUUCCAAGCCUCUCCUUUUCUCCAGUCAUCUUUAAAAACCGACCAACCUCCCUUGCAAUAUUCUCUCUCUCUCUGCUCCUGAGUUGUAUUAUUUUCUUUACCAUAACAAGGCCAUUUCAGCCGUCAUCUCUGCUUGACAUUGGCUUGUUUUCCCAGAUCCUAACCAAACAUCAAAAUUCAGCACCGAAAGUAUGUGACUACUCGUAUGGAUCAUGGGUUCGGGACGAAAGCUACCCGCUUCACAAGUACACAGAGAAAUGUCCGUUCUUGGAUCCCGGUUUCCGAUGCCAACAGAGUGGACGACCGGAUACAGGCUAUCAAAAAUGGCGUUGGCAACCACGUGCUUGUAAUCUUCCUAGAUUUAAUGCGACCGACUUUCUUGACCGGGCCCGCGAUGGAAGGAUAGUUUUCGCCGGCGACUCCAUAGUUAGAAACCAAUGGGAAUCCCUGCUUUGCAUGCUUGCUCAAGGAGUUUCUAACCAAUCUACGAUAUAUGAAGAGCAUGGAAGCCCGAUAACAAAGCACAAGGGAUAUCUUUCAAUGCACUUUGAGGAGUACAACCUCACGGUUGAGUACUACAGGGUGCCUUUCCUGGUAAUCAUAGAUCGCCCACCAAAAGAUUCCCCAAAGGAAGUACGAGGUGCCAUUAGGGUUGACAGGCUACAUUGGUACUCUGCCAAAUGGGUUGGAGCAGAUAUUCUUUUAUUCAGCCCAGGACACUGGUGGAACGAAGAUAAAACACUGAAGAUGGGCAACUAUUUCCAGGAAGGCGGCGCUGUGAACACCACCAUCGAUGUGAAGGAGGCUUUUGGAAAGUCCUUAAUUACAUUAAUGUCAUGGGUCUUGCAAAGCUUGAAGCCAGAACAGAGUUACAUCUUCUUCCGCAGCUACUCUCCAGUGCAUUACAGGCAAGUUAAAAACCUACCUCACUGCCAUCUCUUUUUCUCUGAGUAUCUUAUAUGAAAUACUUUAUAUUUAUUCGUUGUACAAAUUAAUGAUCGAAUAAUGUUUUUGGUUCAUCCGAAACCUUUAAAAAAGUAGAAGACAGGCCAGGAAU